CAGAGUUGCACUGCUGUGCUCGCGCUGCCUCAGUAACGGCUGCAAGCUGCUCUCUCAGUAACUUAUGUGGGAUUUGUCGCAACUGAAACUGCUGAUCACUGUUGCUGUUAGAAGAUAGCAAUGGGAGGAGCCCCUUGACAGAGACGGGAAAGCACAGGAAAAAACAUGGCUGCCCAUCGAAUUCGCUUAGCAAAUAACAAUGCUGCACUUCCUCGCUGCAAGUCUGAGGGAGCGCUCAUUGAUAUGAGUGAAGGGGUUUCAGAAGCCACUCUCACUGAUGUAAAAGUGCCCACCCCUAGUGCCUUACGACUGGAUACAACUGCCUCAAUUGAAACUGCUAGAGAAGUUAUUGCCAUUAAGGAUUACUGUCCAUCAAACUUCACCACCCUAAAGUUUUCUAAGGGAGACUGCCUCUACGUUCUUGACACAUCUGGUGGAGAAUGGUGGUAUGCUCACAAUAACACUGAGAUGGGUUACAUCCCAGCAGCCUAUGUCCAACCUAUCAAACAUCGAGACUCUUCAUUCUGUGACAGUGGCAUGAUUGACAGUCUUGGUGACAUUUGUAAGGAUGGGACCAAAGAGCUAGAGCAACGUGGAGAGUGGUCAGGGAUUGUAAAACCUACACCUUCUCAGAAUGGGAAUCCCUUUGUAACUAAGCGGAUGUCUGCCAAUCCUUUCCUAGAUUGUUCCCUGCAAGACACAGCUGAUCAAAACAGUAUCCAGAGUUCAACAGACCUCCUUGGCUUUAAUAUGUUCUCCUCUCCUGACUCAAAAACCAGCAGCACAGUUAACAUCAACGGCUUUGGAAGUAAUAUGUUUGAUACAAACUGCUUGACACCGAACACAGGGAAAAGUCAAGUUCUCCGGAGAGAAAAUCCAUUUUACAGGAGCAAACGCUGUUACAGCUUGUCAGAGCUGUCUAUUUUGCAGUCCCAGGCAGAAGCACCUCAAGAGUUCUCGAGUUUCUUUGGUGGCUUGAAGUCACCAACACCUGAACAGUUUCAAAGUAGAGAAGAUUUCAAAAAUGCCUGGUUAAACCAUCGGAAGCUUGCAAGGUCUUGCCAUAAUCUUGAUUCUAUAGGACAAAACCCUGGCUGGGGUCAAACACAGCCCAUAGAAACCAAUAUUGUAUGUAAACUGGACAGUUCAGGUGGUGCUGUCCAGUUACCCAACACUAGUAUCAGUAUCCAUGUACCCGAAGGCCAUGUUGCAUUGGGUGACACUCAGCAGAUAUCUUUGAAGGCUUUACUGGACCCACCACUGGAGUUGAACAAUGACAGAUGUACAACUGUGAGCCCAGUGGUGGAAGUCAAGCUCAGUAAUAUGGAAACCAAAACCACCAUUACUUUAGAGAUGAAAGUGUCUGUUGUAGUAAAGAUGGAGAGUCGACAAAAGGCAGAAGUGAUCUGCGUCAGGAGUGACUGCAAGGAGGGGCCUUAUGUUCCAGUUCCUAAUGCUUACAUGUAUGGCGAUACAGUUCAAGUAAUCUUGGACAAUUUAGAGCCAUGUAUGUAUGUGUCAGUUGUUGCUCAAGCCCAGGUUGUAGCCCCAUAUGCUACAGUCUGGGAGCAUGUUGUAAAGAAGGUUACACUUGGUGUAUAUGGUCCCAAACAUAUCCACCCAUCAUUUAAAACAGUGGUUGCUAUAUUUGGCCAUGACUGUGCACCAAAAACAUUACUAGUAAGUGAGGUUAAAAAGCAGUCUCACUGCACUCCACCAGUGACCCUUCAGCUGUGGGGUAAACACCAGUUUGUCCUUGCAAAGCCACUAGAUCUUCAAGUUGGUAUGUAUUCCAACAUGUCAAAUUUUGAAGUGAAGGUCAGUGAGCAGGCAAAGGUAGUGAGGGGUUUUCAGCUCAAACUUGGCAAAGUGUCCCGCCUCAUCUACUUGAUAUCUGCCCGCGAUACAGAGAACAUCUCAGACUUCACUUUGCGGGUUCAAGUUAAAGAUGACAAGGACUGCAUCCUUGCCCAGUUCUGUGUUCAGACACCACCACCUCCACCAAAGGCAGCGACAAGGGGUUCUGUGCAGAGGCGCUUCUUGAAGAAAAAAGAAAUGAACAAAAUUGUCCUCUCUCCUCUUAUGACAACCAUAAAAUACCCUGUGUUUCAAGACAGACCAGUCAAAAAUAUAAAAUUUGGAAAGUUGUUGAAAACUGUCAUUAGACAGACGAAGAACCCGUAUUUACUGGAGUACCUAAAAGGAGAUAUAGUGGCAAUUUUGAGCGAGGAAAAAGUCAAACUUAAGGGGCAUCUGUGGACCAAAGAGUGGUACAUUGCAUACUAUCAUGGCAGGGUAGGACUGGUACAUGCAAAGAACAUUCUUAUAAUGGGAAAGGUCAAACCUGUUCAUUUCAAGGGGGCUGAUUUAACUUCUGCUGUACUCUUGGACCAAAUCCUAAAGCCCUGCAAAUGUCUCACUUACAUCUAUGCCUCAGUGAGAACUAUUUUGAUGGAAAACGUGGGCAGCUGGAGAGCAUUUGCUGAUGCCCUGGGCUAUGUCAACCUUCCUCUGACACACUUUUGUCGAACAGAUCCAGAAAGCGAGCCUGAAAAAGUGGCCUCGGUUCUGGAGAGGCUUAAGGAAGACUGCAAUGCAGCAGAGGGAAAAGACAGAAAGUCCUUCCAGAAUGAGAUCAUGAUGGCUUUGCUGAAAAUGGACUGUCAGGGUCUGGUGGCUCGGCUGGUCAAGGAUUUUGCACUGCUGACUGCAGCAGUGGAGGUGGCCGACCGUUGGAGGGAGCUGGCUGAGAAACUGGCCAAAGUAUCCCGGAAGCAAAUUGAUGCUUACGAGGCUCCCCACAGAGACAAAGAUGGGGUGUUAGACAGUGAGGCCAUGUGGAAGCCUGCUUAUGACUUCCUGGUGACAUGGGCAGCCCAUAUCGGGGACAGUUACAGGGACGUGCUUCAGGAGCUGCACACAGGACUGGACAAAAUGAAAAACCCCAUCACCAAGCGCUGGAGACACUUAACAGGAACCCUCGUCCUUGUUAACUGCCUGGACCUCUUACGAAGCUCCGCCUUCAGCCCUGCCCCUCAGGACGACUGUGCCGUAUAAUCACUGUGUUUUGAAGGUUAAAUGUUUUUGAGUUAAAUUAUUCCAUUUCUACCCCACACCAAUGAAAACAGGCUCACUAAGAAACCACUGGGAUCGAAAUGAACUCCUGGUUGAGCCGAAGCCUUGAAAGUAUUAGUAUUGAAAGUAUUUAAAACAAACACCUCAAAGAUGGUGUUUCUUUCAUAUGCAUGUUUCAGUGAAAUAACCUGAGAACGACUGAGAUCAGACUCCUGACUGACUGAUCAUCUUAAAUGUGUUAAACUGUCUGAAACAAAGACUUCAGAUAUGGCCUUUCCUCUGCAUACACUGCCAUGUCAUCCCUCCCAGAAAACUCAGUGUGGGAUUAAUACAUUACUCCUAAUAUUUUUGGUGGCUUCUACCCAACACUAAGCAUCUUUUGGUCCUGAUUGACUAUGAUUAUGUUCCAUUUACACUUUACUACUUUAUCUUGUGAAGUUUGAAGAGUUCUUCUUGAACCACUGGCCACCUCACACUAAAACCCAGCAAUCACUGUUUAUAAGGAUUCAAGCAAGCUAUCUCACAUUUAUCAUUACAUAGUUUGUAGUAUUACAUAGAAUAUUUUAACCGUUCCUCUCAAGGCUGGACAAUUUGAUACUGCAUUGGUAUUCCUCGUAUAGAAAAGACUGUAAAAAAUGUGCUUGAAAUGUGUCAAAACUACUCUCAUCGAAUAGAGGAAUGCAUAUAUGAAACAUACAGAUGUUGUUAUAUGAGCACAUUUGAUUUUUGAGAUUUUGCACAUAUUUAAUAUCAUUUAACAACCUGACUACUGUUUUUUUAAGUUCAAAAAGACUUUGUAAAAUGAGCAUUUCCUAACACUAUGACUGUAUUCUACUACUUAACUGUACUACCUAAUUGUCUUUAAAUAUGUGUAUUUUGCACCAAAGAAUUCAUUUCUUAUUGUUUUUUAUGUGUAAUAUGCUGUGAUUGAGUAUUUGUUUUUUUGUUAUGCCAACCAGCUACUGUAUGUUCAAAAGAUUCCCCAAACCAG